AUGAGACCGAAACACGGUAGGCCUCGUGCCAUCCAUACCGCCAUCCCUCCUCUCUCCUCACCUGCUCUCCUCCUCUCCUCUCUUGCUCUCCUCAUCUCCUCACCUGCUCCCCUCCUCGCCUCACCUGGUCCCCUCCUCGCCUCACCUUCUCCCCUCCUCUCCUCACCUGCUCCCCUCCUCGCCUCACCUGCUCCCCUCCUCGCCUCACCUGCUCCCCUCCUCGCCUCACCUGCUCCCCUCCUCGCUUCACCUGCUCCCCUCCUCUCCUCACCUGCUCCCCUCCUCUCCUCACCUUCUCCCCCCUCUCCUCACCUGCUCCCCUCCUCAAAUCACCUGCUCCCCUCCUCGCCUCACCUGCUCCCCUCCUCUCCUCACCUGCUCCCCUCCUCUCCUCAUCUGCUCUCCCCCUCUCCUCACCUUCUCCCCCCCUCUCCUCACCUGCUCCCCUCCUCUCCUCAUCUCCUCCCCUCCUCGCCUCACCUGCUUCCCUCCUCUCUCCCCACCUUCUCGCUCCUCUCUCCUCACCUGCUCACCUCACUGUUGUUUCCUCCGCUGCUCCUUCGCCACAUUCUGAUGCGUUUGCUCUCUUCUCCUGCUAUGCCUCCUGUUUUCGCUUGCUGCUGA